CGCCGGUAGGGACGUCGCCGGCCUCGACGUAAAAAUAGACGUCUCGGGGCGGGGCGGUUGUAAUCCCUGGCCGCAGGUGACAGGCAGGCGGAGGGAGGUCGGGCCCCUCGGGAGGCUUGGCUGGUUCACCAAAACGGGACCAGAGCCUCCAUCGCUUGCCUCCAGGUCUCAGGCGAGCUGACACUGCCGAGAAGUUUUACUUUAAGGAACUUCCACAAUGGGUGACAAGAACAACACUAGUAAAUCUUCAGAGAAUGGCGAUACAGAUGGUGGGGAAUAUGAAGAUGACUUUGAAAAAGACCUUGAGUGGUUAAUUAAUGAAGAAGAAAAAAGAAUUUCUGGUGAUAUACAGAAUCAUGAUGAAAAUGAAGAUGAUGUUGACGUGGAAAGUAUCUUUGGCAAAGACUUAGUAGAAGGUAAAGAAUAUGCACUAAAUUCUUCCCAAGAGGUUUUUGAACUCGAGAGGUUUGUAACAGGUGAAGAUGGAAGUGUUUCACGAGAACCCCCUCAGGACAUUCUGAAGGAUAAAGGGUCAAGAAAUGAAAUACGUACUGUAUAUGAUUUGGAAAAAAAGCAUUUGGAGCAGGCAUCUGAUAGUGAGAGUGAAAGUUCUUGCCAGGAAUCAAAGGUUGACCAGGAGGACUUGGAGGAUGAUGAAGAUAUAAAGCGAUACAUUUUAGGCAAAAUUGAAGAAGCCAACAAGCUUCUUUUGUCUCAGGAACCUCUGGAUGAAACAAAAGAACGGAAACUAAAAUUUAAGGAUGAUCUAGUAGAUCUUGAAGUCCCAUCUCUGGAAGUGUUGGAAACUGAUAGAGGUGAUCUUCAUAGGGAUAAGAAUAUUUCUGGUCGACUGUCCCAAUUGCGCAUUUCUACUGAUAUGGAACAAGAUAUUUCUCUUUCUCUUAAUGGUGGCACUGAUGAUGAGCACAAGGAUGGCAAAAUACUAGUAGAAAGAGAUGGAAAAUUUGAACUUCUGAGUAUCCGUGACAUUGAGAGCCAAGGUUUCUUUCCUCCACUAAGUGUUUCUUUCAGUGACAUUGAAACUCAGCACAUUUCUCCUAAAACUUCUUUUGGCACUAUCUGCCUAACAAAAGACGAGUCCUUGGUGCAAACACCUGUGACAUCUUCCAGAGAAGGGUUUGUUUAUGUUCCCCAACCACCACCCAUUCGGCCAAGCUCGGCUAUCAACAUUUCAAGAAACAUCGAUAGGAGGAAAAGUCCACGCAGGGUGCAGUCAGCAAAUGUGGGCCUUGGUGUAAGAAGCUCUACAUAUUGCCUGUCCCCAAGACAAAAAGAACUUCAAAAACAGAUCGAGCAAAGGAAAGAAAAGAUAAGGAAGGAGGAAGAAAUAAGGAAAAGAAGACUGGAAGACCAGAAAAAGAGAGAGAAUGAAAUGGUCUUCAAAGCUUGGUUGCAAAAGAAAAAAGGACAAAUGCAGGAAGAGAGAAGAAUUCAGCGUGCAAAAGAGCUUGAAGACUUAAGCAGCAGGCAGGAGAGUAGAAAUCCAGAAGAAGCCUAUAGGUCAUGGCUUAAGAAAAAACAAGAAGAGCAGAUGAAAGAAAGACAUAUACAAAUCCUGAAACAGCAGGAGGAAUGUAUGUUCUACCUUCCAAGAACAGUGGAAAACGAGAGAGCUUAUAAGCAAUGGUUAAGGAAGAAGAGACGGGAGAAACGAGAAGAACAAUUAGCUGCCAAAGAGCAUUCAAAGCAGCUUAGGCAAGAAGCAAGAAGAGCAAAACAGAUAGAGAAUAUUCUCUGUUCAAUUUCUGAACCAAGAUCUCUUCGUUUCACAGACCAAUAUAGCUGAAACUUAGAGAUACCAAGAGUCCUUCACUCUAUUUUGUAAAGUUGGAGUGGCCGCCUUUUGGAAGCAGCUUCUCUUCUGGUGUGUUUUAUAGUCCUUCAAUAAUGGCUUAAUUUUUCUCAAUCUUAUUAAUCUUUCCCCACUUUUAAACUUAGAAUUAUUCUCUGUUUGUGAAUGGGUUGAGAUGAGAUUGUUAGUUCUCCAGAGCAUUAAAUGGAAUAAAUGACCUUGUUGCAAUUGCAGUUUACAUCA